AUGCGUGUGCAUUUACUUGGAGAUGUUUCUGCACAAAUAUUUGCCAAACAACUUUUGGAUAUCGGCGACGGCAAACUUUUGGCUGAUCCUACAACACAGGAGAUAGCGUUCCCUCCGAACUUCUGUCAACUUCAGUCAUCAAUUGAAGAACUUAAAGAGAGAGUUUUCUCCAACAUCGCCAACAACUUUAGAAAUCAUGAUUGGCUUUGCGAGCGAGCUAUCUUAGCUCCAAAGAAUGAUGAUGUCAAUCGAAUCAAUAAUAAGAUUCAAUUAAAAAUUCCUGGGGUGAUUACGGAAUACAAAUCGAUUGACACAGUUACAGAAGAGGACCAAGCUGUAAAUUAUCCAGUCGAAUUUGUCAAUUCGUUGGAGCCUCCUGGAAUGCCACCGCACAUACUGACGUUAAAAGUUGGCUCACCAAUACUGCUCCUUCGGAAUCUCAAUACCCCGAAGUUAUGCAAUGGAACCAGACUUUCAGUGAAAAAACUGAUGUCGAAUGUGAUUGAAGCAACAAUAAUUAGCGGCAAAUGUAAAGGUGAAGAUGUGCUGAUUCCGUGCAUUCCAAUGGUUCCUACUGAUUUGCCCUUUACAUUCAAACGACUACAGUUUCCUGUGCGUCUUGCUUUCGCGAUGACAAUCAACAAAGCCCAAGGGCAGUCUCUACGCGUUGCCGGAUUAAAUUUACGAAAUCCAUGUUUUUCGCAUGGUCAACUGUAUGUUGCUUGCUCCAGAGUAGGAACUCCAAAAACUCUGUACGUCUAUACACCAAAUCGAAAAACCAAAAAUAUUGUUUACCCACUAGCGUUACGAUAG